UUGCUGCUGGAAGGUGUGAGUUAUUAACCAGGACGCUGAGAGCAGGGUGAGGUGCACAGCCCGCUAAACUCGGGAUCAGCGCUUCACUUCCUCAGCUCUUUUUUGGGAUCAACUGGCAGCAACUGGGGAAGCGGUUUUCUCCAAUGUGGUGCUUUGCUCUCGUCAGGAAGAAUCAAAAGGCAAACAAUACAUGGAACUCUCCCCGAUGAGGCUGCACGGCCGGACAGAGACCCAUGGAUGCGUUUGAGGGAAUCCACAGCGUUCGGAUCUCGCCCUCCCCGCCGCCUCCAGCCCCGUCCAGCCUGGGGUACGAGGUCCUCAGGGCGGGGGGCGCCGGGAUAGCGGUGUAUUCCUCGGCGGUCUUCUUUGGCGCUCCGGAUGUGCUGGGACGCCAGCGCUCCAGACGGGGAGCUGAGGAGGAGGCCUGUGCUGUCGGACAGUUGGUAGAUCUGGAUCCAGAGCCAGAGUCCAGGGUGGAGGGGGGCGGCCAGGCCGUUCCCACCUCAGACAGAGACCAUGGUGCCCUCUCCCGGCUCCGCAGCCCCUCACUGGAAAUGCGAGAGAAGGAAAUCCGAGAAAAAAGCUCGGAGAUCCUCAGGGAACAGCUGGAUGCUGCAAAGAGGGAACUGAAACUAAAAGACAAGGAGUGCGAGCGUCUGUCGCAGGUCAGGAAUCAGCUGGAGCAGGAGCUGGAGGAGCUGACGGCCAGUCUGUUCGAAGAAGCUCACAAAAUGGUGAACGAUGCAAACGUCAAACAAGCAGGAGCAGAGAAGCAGCUGAAGGAGGCUCAGGGGAAGAUCGAUGUUCUCCAAGCCGAGGUCACGGCGCUGAAGACUCUAGUGUUGACGUCCACGCCGUCGUCGCCGAACCGCCAGCUGCAUCCACAGCUGCAGCCUUCAGGAAGCAGGGGGACGCACAAACACAUCCGCAACAAGAGCGCCAGCGGUACCUUUCCACCGUUACCUGUGAGAGCAGAACCCGCAUCCGUGUCCAUGCAGCCUGUGGCCAAAGAGGACAGAGAGCCUGCUGUUCCUGCUCUCCUCUCCCUGAUUCUCUGUCUGGUUCCCGGACAGUCUGUCAGUGUGAACUAUGAGCAGGGGGAGGGGCUGGGCACUGACAGCAGACAGAUGGACUCAGUUCUUUAUGCCGAGUUUUUGAUGUGGAAGGAGCAUCCGACACUCGACCGUUCAUCUGCCUUCCUGGGUCGCGUUUACAGAGAAGACAUCGGACCCUGUCUCUCCUUCACGCGAUCCGAGCUGUCCCAGCUGGUGCAGAGUGCAGUGGAAAACAACUCUCUGACCAUCGAGCCCGUGGCCACGUCAGCGCUACCGAUGGUUAAAGCCUCAGCUAUAGAAUGUGGAGGCCCCAAUGGCUUUAGAGCAGCAGUAGAGACAAAAUGUGCGUUGAGCGGCUUGUCGCGUCUCUGUCGACAUCGCAUUAAACUCGGCGACAAGGGGAGUUACUAUUACAUCUCUCCCUCGAGCAGAGCCCGGAUCACAGUUGUCUGCAACUUUUUCACCUACAUCCGCUACAUUCAGCAAGGCCUGGUCAGACACAGUGCGGAACAGAUGUUCUGGGAGGUCAUGCGGCUCCGCAGAGAGAUGACUGUGGCCAAGUUGGGUUUUUACCUCUGUGACUAGGGCUGGACCUUGAUCAUUCAGACAAGUCUGAGCUAAACUGUGGUAAUAAACAGGUGUUAGACGUAGCAGAGGCCUAACAACAAGGGAAGCAGAAGAUAUUCUAGUGCCGCUUCUCCGUAUGCAGUAAGACAAAUAAAAACGAAGCAGCACAGCUAGAACGAAAUGAAAACCAAUGUGUAAAAUGUGUCAAUCCCAUGUGUCCGUUACACUGCAGGCGAACAGUACCGGAUCGUUUCAUUAGUAUGAAUCCUUCUAGGCCCUGAGACUCCCUGGUGGAGUUCACAGCAUUAUGUUAACACAGUAGAUUCUAUGCAUCAUGAUUCAGGUGUUAGUCUGUUGUAAAGAUGAGCAGGGUGAAAACACUCUCAAAGGCUUAGUUUGACCUCAAGUAUUAUAUGUUUAGAUGGCUGCAUAUUAAACAUGUCAGCUCAGAUUUAACCAGAUAACACUCAACUUUUUGUUGAUGCCCUCAUUAUUCCAGAGGCCUUUGGUAAAAUUGAGUUCCAUGUUAGUCUCAGUGAUCUAAAUUGUUACUGAAUUAUUGUCUGUGUUCAAAAAUAGUGACAGCUUUAAGUGAUAACAGAAAAUUUCCAAGCUUUAAUUGAAGAGAACACAACUACUGGAUGUCUGCAACAGUUGUAGUGCGAGCAAUAAGCGAAGCUGCAUGCGUGCAGUACAUAGCCAUAUUAUCCGGUGUGCGUUGGUUCUACCGCAUAACAAUGUAUUAUUAAUUAAAUUAUCAACCUUUAGUCUUGUGACGGUAAAAGAGAACAUUGUGUCAGAACAAGUAAUAUGCUUCUUAUUCAAGGUUGUACUUACAAUCGUGUCUUAGUAAACGCACUAUCAAAGACAAAUCAUUGUAGUUAAUCGUGUGUGUGUGUGUGUGUGUGUGUGUGUGUGUGUGUGUGUGUGUGUGAGAAAGUUUGAGAAGCUGAACAAUGCUCACAGAUGUUAAAUUAACUUUUUUCUUGAUAACAUCCACCUCUGACUAAUUCUUCUUUUUUAGAGAAAUAUCUGCAAGAAAGAAAGUUCACAUUAAUAAUUCAAACUUUGUGUAAUGUUUAAAUAUUGUUCACACGCUGCUUUCUAUAUUUAUUUAGGAAUGAUUGAAGUUGUAUGAGCAUUAUAUGAUCCAUUAACCCACAACUGAACCAUUAGGAUAAAAAAAGCUUAAUUAAAGUGAGAUAAAUGUA